GAAAACGUCAAAACAAACUUUCAAAAAUAAACGUUGACUGACUAGUUUACAAAGAUUUGGAAUUAGCUGGAGAAUAUCGUGAAAAAAUAUAUUGAAAAGCCAGAUAAAAUGUCCAUGAUGGAAGAAGAGUUUAUUGUUGCACCGUGGGUAGGCCCUACAAGUUGUAAAAACCGUUUAUCUGUGGUUGUUACAUCAACUUGCGGAGAUAUCAUUGAAAGAAUAGCAGAAGCUUUAACAGAAGUUCAUAAAAAAGGUAAAUUUCAAUGGAAACUUAGUGUAUUACGUUCGUUUCAACUGGAAGAUGUUGUUAGGCAGUUUGAUUUAACUGGCAAAAUUGGUAUGGACUUCGUUAUAGUGGCCAUCGACACAAGUAGAAUAUUUUGUUUAGACUGGGCGAAAGGAGUUUUAUCUCAAGUUCAUUCGGACUUGAAAGUGCGUCGUGUUGUGCUCGUGAACGCUGGUGGUCUUCCUGUAAACGCUAUGGCAAUAAGUGCGAGUGACUUGAUGAACUUCCAAAGUGAGAUGAAUUUAGACAUUAUAACUGCUAAUGUGUUUGAUGCGGACAAUGCCACAUUUCUGGCACGAAGAUUACUCAAGUAUAUUGAAGUAUCUGUUGGUGUUAAGACAGGAAUUCCUAAUCUGAAUGUGUAAAUGUAAGUGCCUACAAUGUUUCAUCUCAUCAUAACUCUAGAAAACUAUAAUAAAGUUGUAAUGACACCUGCGAGUAGAUGGCAUCGCUGGGUAUCUACAUCACAGAACUCAUCUGUUCAUAGUCCAAGGACUGAUUGCUGAUAAAACACAGAAGAAAAAGUAGCAAUUAUCUAUUACUAAUCUGAUAAAGAGGAAACAUGUUUUGUUUGUUGUACCCUAAAGGCUCUGAAACUACUGAACCAAUGUUUUUUUUUAAUAUUGGGAAGCUAGAAUUUUAUCUGAGUACAAACCAUAAGCAACAUUUUGCCCAGGUAUGGGAUGGAACAGAUAGAAUAUCUAUGAAACUUUUUAUUUUCAAAAUGUAAAUGACUUUGCUGCUGGUUUCACUCGCUCCCUGUGGGAACUUCUGCUACUCUGUGACUCAGGGAUAAUUUAGUUUCCCAAGAAGUUAACUCCAGGAAAUGGGAUUAACACUUUUGAUGCCCAGCACCCGGGAUUCGAGUUGAACCAUAGUUCAUUCCUUAUGCCCGCAACCCGAAUACCGAGUCGUCGCUAUGUGUAGCUAUAGAUGCAUGUGCUCAUGCCCAGGACCCGAAUAGCGAGUCCAUAGCUAAGUAAGCUGUAAGGGUUGUCAAAAGUAAAUAAAUGAAAUCAAUUGAAAAAACAUUGCUUUAGUUUAUAACGGAUUAGAAAACGUAAAUUGGUAUUAUUCAUCCAGUUAUUGCUUCAUUCCAGUAUUGUAUUAAUUUGGUACAUGCGUACUUAGGUAAGAUCUUGUUUGAUGUUAGUAAUAGAUACCGAAUGAGCUUAAAUUAUUUUGUAAAUACGUACCUACUUUUAGCAGCAAAGAAGGGUUAAGUUUUUACCUGAGUAAGACCUUUAAUCGUUUGCCGAAAACUUUUUUUAAAGUUAAAACAAAAGUGCAUCUAUCGCCUUUUGUGCAAUAACGAGAUUUAUGGUUCUUUAUCUCUGGCCCGUAAAAUGACAAACAAAGCCCGUCGGCAUCUUUUUUGAGAUUACGAGUAUUUAAACUAAAAACUAGAUACUUAUUUUCUUUGUUAUCCUAUGCAGGUGUUAAAACAAAGCACGUCGGCGUUGUAUUGAUUAAAAAAAAAGCUUACAGAAACAUGUAGAUAAAUCAUAUUAAGUAAAUCUGUUCUAACAUAAUGUACGUUAAAAUUAAAAAAAUAGUCUCUUUAACAACAUAAUAAAUUAAAGAACAAGCCGGGAUUUAUUUUCUUUAUUCUGAUCAAAAAUGCACAAUAAUUAUAUUCUAGUAAAUUAUUUUGGGUAGCCCUACGCUCGGUGGGCGGGGCUUAAGUGAACCCGGACGCCGGGUUUUCGGGCAUAAGGGUCCCGUUCCGAUACAAUGAGGGUUUUCUAAAAUGGCGUCCACGAGGUGGCAGCACCGAGUCGUCAGGUCCAGGUAACUGUCAAAGUGCUUAUCUUUACUAUGAAUAGUGAACGAUUUUAGUGUUUUUUUUUUAUUUUAUAAUUAAAGCACUGCAUUAUUGUUUUACUAUUGCGGUUGAGUAAAUAAAAAAAACUAAAUCAUAUUGUGUUAACAAAUUUUUCAACAAGCUUUUCCUUAGUACCAGUGAGUUUUGCACCCUCUCUCUUAGCUCAAUUUUUAGUUCGGAAACCUUAUUCUGACCGUAGUCCAUAAUAAAAUCAAUAACACUUCCAAUAUAACAGAAUUUCAAUAAACAAUAAGUUCGGCACCUACAAUUCCAUACUAGUGUGCGUUCGCGCAGCGGAAUGUUGUUGAAUUUAAAGAUUUUAAUUAUGCAGAUAAUUAGUGUAAGACGUUCUAUAAUUGUGUAUGGUAAAUAAAAAUUUGUGUAUGCAGCCAUUGUGGAGAAAUUCACCAAAAACAGAUUCCGCUGGGCGAACGUUGGCGAACGUUGUCCUGGCGGAACUUUUUUUAAUCCAUAGACUUUAGAAGAAAAGAGAUGUGUCCGAAAAUUAGUGUGUAUUUGUUUAUAAUUAAUUAUGUAUGAAUGAAAUCAGUGCAUGCAUAAACGUCGGAGAAAUUCAAGUUUCCGCUACGCGAACGUUUGGCCAUUAGCUAGUUUUCAUAUAAAGCGCUUACAUAGAGAGCUGUAGAUUUUUACAUACGUUGUUUUGAAUUUGUUUAUAUUUGUUUAAAAACAGAUUUAGAAAAGUCGUAGGGUUUAAAAGAUAAAAAUAUAAACGUAAAAUACACUUAUUAGGUCUUAGUUCUUAAAGUAUGCAGUUUGGGGUCUAGAUUUUCACGUUUACACAAACCUUGUAAGUGUCUCCAACAUGUUGCCAAGUAUCAAUGAUGUUCCGUUAGUAAUUAAAAAGUUAUAGGAUAUUUUACCAUGAACAGAUCACUGUUUACAAAGCAGUCGAAUAUCACGACGUUCUAAAGGAAUUGCAUGGUAAAAUGUAUGCCAAUAAUUAGUUUAAUCAUUCAACUAUUCACUUGCAAAAUUUCAUGUCAUUAAAUUCAGUAAUUAAAGAAAGACAAUUAAAAUAUCGAAACCCUACAUAAUCCGACCAAGUUCGGAUUGCUACAAAAAAGCGGCCGUGCCAUAUGUCUAAGCAACGUUCUUAACUUGGUAGGUUAGUAUUUAUUAAUAUGGUACAGUUGCGUACACAAGCGUUAGAAAAAAAUAAAACAAUUGUAUUUCUUGAUUGAAAAAUAUUUUUUAAUAAUAAUGCCACUAUCUACGAUAAAAAUAAAUCUUCAAUUAACAAGUACUUUUCUAUUUAAAUAUCCGUGUACAAAAAUAUUUUUAUUAUUAUUACUUACAUAAAUUACUUGACUACGUGAUUAAAAAUAACGUUAAUAAACAUUAUGUAUUUUAACUAAAAUGUCGUAGAUAGUGGCAUUAUUAUUAAAAAAAUAUUUUUCAUUCAAGAAAUGCAAUUGUUUUAUUUUUUCCUAACGCUUGUUUACGCAACUGUACCAUUUUAAUAAAUAUACUAACCUUCCAAGUUAAGAACGUUGCUUAGACAUAUGGCACGGCCGCUUUUUUGUAGCAAUCCGAACUUGGUCGGAUUAUGUAGGGUUUCGAUGCUGCGUCAGUAUUAUAAUUGUCUUUCUUUAAUUACUGAAUUUAAUGAAAUGAAAUUUUGCAAGUGAAUAGUUGAACGAUUAAACUAAUUAUUGGCAUACAUUUUACCAUGCAAUUCCUUUAGAACGUCGUGAUAUUCGACUGCUUUGUAAACAGUGAUCUGUUCAUGGUAAAAUAUCCUAUAACUUUUUAAUUACUAACGGAACAUCAUUGAUACUUGGCAACAUGUUGGAGACACUUACAAGGUUUGUGUAAACGUGAAAAUCUAGACCCCAAACUGCAUACUUUAAGAACUAAGACCUAAUAAGUGUAUUUUACGUUUAUAUUUUUAUCUUUUAAACCCUACGACUUUUUCUAAAUAUGUUUUUUAAACAAAUAUAAACAAAUUCAAAACAACGUAUGUAAAAAUCUACAGCUCUCUAUGUAAGCGCUUUAUAUGAAAACUAGCUAAUGGCCAAACGUUCGCGUAGCGGAAACUUGAAUUUCUCCGAAGUUUAUGCAUGCACUGAUUUCAUUCAAACAUAAUCAAUUAUACACAAAUACACACUAAUUUUCGGACACAUCUCUUUUCUUCUAAAGUCUAUGGAUUAAAAAAAGUUCCGCCAGGACAACGUUCGCCAACGUUCGCCCAGCGGAAUCUGUUUUUGGUGAAUUUCUCCACAAUGGCUGCAUACACAAAUUUUUAUUUACCAUACACAAUUAUAGGACGUCUUACACUAAUUAUCUGCAUAAUUAAAAUCUUUAAAUUCAACAACAUUCCGCUGCGCGAACGCACACUCCAUACUAUUUGACAGCUGUUUGGACCAGACGCAUACGUGGCGCCACCCGGUGGCAGAAAAAAGGGAAAAACCCCUCAUUGCGCUGUUGGACUCGAAUACCGGGUUGUUAUGUAAUUAUGCAAAAUAUUUUUGGGCAUGUGGAUAGGAAUUGCAUAGGUGAGCUGGGCAGCGAAAGUGUUAAGUAAAUAUAAAAUAAUAUUGUUUUAACAAAAUGUUUGAGUCUCAGAAGUGAACCAAAUUCAGUUGUUUCGAUUUAUGCUAUACAAAAUGAUAAUUGAGAAGUAGAUUAUCAAGUAUUUUAAGCUGUUUUGUGUUCUAGUUGUAUUGUAUUUAAAUGUAUUAAUUGUAAGCCAGUUUAAAUAUUUGACUUUAGUGGAUGAAGGAUAAG